UAUAUCAAGACAGGACACUCUGUCUCGCGCUGGUUAUCUCUGCCUUCUGCUACUACUGUUAUCUGUUAUUUCAAAGAAGAGUAAGAAGAGAACAUGACAGACUCCCUCUUUGUCGACAUCACCACUCCCAAUGGCCGGCAGUACCAGCAGCCGACCGGCCUGUUCAUUAACAAUGAGUUCCGUCCUUCGUCCAGUGGCCAGACUAUCGUGUCUUUAGAUCCGGCUACCGACAAGCCCAUCGCCACUGUCCACGCCGCAACAGCAGAAGAUGUCGACGCCGCCGUCCAGGCCGCCAAAGCCGCCCUGUCGCACCCUUCAUGGAAGCUCCUCCCCGCCACCGAGCGCGGACAGCUGAUGGGUCGUCUGGCCGAUUUGAUGGAAGAAAACCGGGCACUAUUUGCUGCCAUCGAUGCUUGGGAUAACGGAAAGCCCUACCACGUCGCCCUGACCGAGGACCUCACCGAAGCCAUCACCACCAUCCGCUACUACAGCGGCUGGGCGGAUAAGACCUUCGGACAGACGAUCAGCACCUCCCCUCAAAAGUUCGCAUACACCAUCCGCCAGCCCAUCGGCGUCGUCGGACAGAUCAUCCCAUGGAACUACCCGCUCUCGAUGGCGACGUGGAAGCUUGGUCCCGCGCUCGCCUGCGGAAACACCGUCGUUAUCAAGGCCGCUGAACAAACUCCCCUCAGCAUCCUUGUCCUCGCAACACUCAUCAAGAAAGCCGGAUUCCCACCCGGAGUGGUCAAUGUCAUCAACGGCUACGGAAAAGAAGCCGGCGCUGCGCUGGUUCAGCACCCGCUCGUCGAUAAGAUUGCCUUCACAGGCUCCACUGCCACCGCUCGAGAAAUCAUGAAGAUGGCUGCCGGCACAUUGAAAAAUAUCACCCUUGAGACGGGCGGAAAGUCGCCCUUGAUCGUGUUCCCGGAUGCGGAUCUUGACCAGGCGGUCAAGUGGUCGCAUUUCGGAAUCAUGUCCAACAAGGGCGAGAUCUGCACUGCUACGUCGAGGAUCUUCGUUCAUCGUAGUAUUCUCGCCUCCUUCUUGGAGAAGUUCAAGAAGGAGAUCGAGACGACUUCCAAGAUCGGCGACCAGUGGGACGAAAAUACCUACCAGGGUCCGCAAGUCACCCGGGCACAGUACGAGCGCGUUCUAUCAUACAUCGAGACAGCCAAAAAGGAGGGCGCUACGCUAGUUACCGGCGGCAAGGCGUAUACUCCCAAGGAUGAAAAGAACGCGAAGGGCUACUUUGUCGAGCCGACAGUGUUCACUGACGUGACGGAUGGCAUGCGCAUCUGCCAGGAAGAAGUAUUCGGACCCGUGGUGGUCAUCCUGCCAUUCGACUCGGAGGAGGAAUCGGUGCGUCGCGCCAACGAUACCACGUAUGGUCUGGGCGCGGCGGUCUUCACGACCGAUCUGGAGAGGGCGCAUCGCGUCGCGGCGGAUAUCGAGGCCGGUAUGGUCUGGAUCAAUAGUAGCCAGGACUGUGAUCCGCGGGUCCCGUUUGGGGGCGUCAAGCAGAGUGGUAUUGGGCGCGAGCUGGGAGAGGCGGGACUGGAGGCGUAUUCGCAGGUUAAGGCGGUGCAUGUUAAUAUGGGGAGUAGAUUGUAAGCUACUAUAGAUAUGGGAGCAUGCUUUGACGAAUAGAUUAUG